AUGCCCUGCGUAAGCGUCAAGCCAUCGAGAUGAAGAAUCCAUCGGCGUCACCAGCAUCCACCCACUAAAGCAAAAGCGUUCCCAAGACAAAGAAAGCCAUCGACGCGUCGGCCGCUUCCUCUUCUCACAAUCCGAAGAUUGAAUAAUCGUAUCUCUGCCAUGAGAGCAUGACGAGCUCGCCGGCCCCCGCCACUGUCCGCAAGCUCGCCGUAGAAGUCGUCGACGCGCGUGACCUCGUUCCCAAGGAUGGCCACGGCACCUCGAGCCCCUACGUGGUUGUGGAGUUCGACGGGCAGCGGAAGCGGACGCACACGGUGGCCCGCGACCUCAACCCGCAGUGGCAUGAGCGGCUCGAGUUCGUGGUGGCCGACCCGGCCACCAUGGCGGACCAGGAGUUAGACGUCGAGGUCUACAACGACAAGCGGAUGGGCAACCCAAACGGGGGUCGCAAGAACCACUUCCUGGGCCGAGUGCGCAUCUGUGGCUCUCAGUUCGCUCGUCGCGGUGAUGAGGGAUUGAUCUACUUCCCACUCGAGCGCCGGAGCCUCCUCAGCUGGAUCCACGGCGAGAUUGGCCUCAAGAUUUACUACUACGACGAACCGCUCCUUCCGGAGGAGACCAAGCCCGAGGGGGCGGAUCCCAAUCAGCCCACUACCGCACCGCCUCCCAACCCGGAGGAGCCCAAAGACCUGCUGCCGGAUGGCCCUGCUCCAACGGAGACCGCUGUCGAGACGCAGUCCCCGCCACUGGUCUCCGUCGUGGUUGUGGAGGAAUCUCCGCCCCCUUCCGUGAACAUGCACGUUGAAACCGUGGCGCCGCCAUCCCCAGAGCCGACAUCGGUGGAGGCUUAUCCGCCAGAGGUGCGGAAGAUGCAAACUUCAGCGAACAUGGAAAGGCCUGGACGGAUUUCGUCGAAGAGGAUCGUCAGCGGCGAGUGUGGCCCUAGAGUGCUAUCGGGUCGCUUCGUUUCUUGCAACGAGUCCGUCGAUCGAGCACCACCGCCGGCCUACGACUUGGUUGAGCCGAUGCACUACCUUUUCGUCCGCGUGGUGAAGGCAAGGGGCCUUCGCCCGAGCGAGAGCCCCCCGCUGGUGAGGAUCCGAGCAGGACCACAUGCCCGCCGUUGCUUGCCGGGGAGAGACAGCGGCGGCGGCAGCGGAAACCUGGAGUGGAACCAAGUGUUGGCUCUGAGCCAUAGCAGGCCGGAGUCAAGGUUAGAGAUCUCCGUGUGGGACAGUGGACCACCCGAAGUUUUCAUGGGUGGCGUGUGCUUCGACCUGACGGACGUCCCGGUCCGAGAACCGCCUGACGGUCCGCUCGCUCCCCGGUGGUAUCGCCUCGAGGGCGGCGGAGGCGAUGACGCCCCUGUGACAGGGGACAUCAUGGUGGCGGUGUGGAUUGGGACCCAGGCGGACGAGUCGUUCCCUGAGGCGUGGAGCUCGGACGAACCGUAUGUGAGCUACGUCUACACCCGAUCGAAGGUGUACCAGUCGCCUAAGAUGUGGUACCUCCGAGCCUCCAUCAUCGAGGUCCAGGACCUGCGUCUUGCGGCUCCGGCGUCUGUGCACGAUGUGCGAGUCAAGAUUCAGUUGGGAUUUCAGUCGGCGAGGACGCGGCGGCCCAACUCGGCCAAUCGCAGCUCUUGUUCCUUCUCAUGGAUGGAGGAUCUCAUGUUUGUCGUGUCUGAGCCCCUCACAAAUCAGGAGAUGCACGUGCUGGUUGAAGACCGAACGACCAAGGAGGCGGCGCUACUCGGAUACGCGGUAGUACAGGUGGCCUCAGUGGAGCAGAGGUUAGACGAGCGGCAGGGGGUCGCGUCUCAGUGGUUGAACCUCGAGGCGGCAACCGAAGGGGAGGGAGGAGGAGGAGGGGGGCCGAAUGGUAGUGGCUAUUGCGGACGCAUCAACCUCCGGCUUUGCCUGGAGGGCGGGUAUCACGUGCUGGACGAAGCAGCACACAUGUGCAGCGACUUCCGGCCGACUGCGAAGCAGCUCUGGAAGCCAGCGGUGGGCGUGCUGGAGUUGGGCAUUUUAGGAGCUCGUGGUCUGCUUCCGAUGAAGACAAAGGCCGCCGGCGGUGGCGGCGCUGGCAAAGGCUCCACCGAUGCCUACUGCGUUGCUAAGUACGGCAAGAAAUGGGUGCGGACAAGGACCGUCGUCGACAGCUUCGACCCCAGGUGGAACGAGCAGUACACGUGGCAGGUGUACGAUCCCUGCACCGUUCUCACCGUUGGAAUGUUCGACAACUGGAGGAUGUUUGACCCGACCGGCGAGCGUCAGGACUUCCGGAUCGGCAAGGUCCGGAUCCGGGUCUCCACCCUGGAGAGCAACCGGGUGUACACCACCUCGUACCCGCUGCUGCAAUUGCUGCGCUCCGGCGUCAAGAAGAUGGGAGAGGUGCAGCUGGCCGUCCGCUUCGCGUGCACGGCGCUGCUUCCGGACACCUGCGCCAUGUACGUGCAGCCGAUGCUCCCACGAAUGCACUACCUGAAACCCAUCGGCGUGGUGCAUCAGGAGGUGCUGCGGGUGUCGGCGAUCAGGAUGGUGGCUGAGUGGCUGGACCGGUCGGAACCGCCUCUGGGGCGGGAGGUGGUGCGAUGGAUGCUUGACGUGGACACCCACUCGUGGAGCAUCCGGAGAAGCAAGGCCAAUUGGUUCCGGGUCAUGGGCGUUAUCGCAUGGGCCUUCGGGCUCGCGAGGUGGAUCGACGACAUCCGACGCUGGAGGAACCCCACCACCACGGUGCUGGUCCACGUGCUCUACCUGGUGCUGGUGUGGUACCCGGAGCUGGUGGUGCCCACGGCGGCGCUCUACGUGUUCCUAAUUGGGGUGUGGUACCAUCGGUUCCGGCCGCGAGCGCCGGCAGGGAUGGAUACGCGGCUUUCCCAGGCGGACAUAGUGGAGGCUGACGAAUUAGAUGAGGAAUUCGACCCGGUGCCGAGCACGAAGCAGCCGGAGGUGGUGAGGGCGCGGUAUGACCGGCUGAGGACGCUGGCGGCGCGUGUGCAGAGGGUGUUGGGGGACUUCGCGGCGCAGGGAGAGCGGGUGCAGGCGCUCGUGAGCUGGAGAGACCCCAGGGCGACGAGGCUCUUCAUCUUUGUCUGCCUUGUGGUCGCGCUGGUGCUCUUCGUGGUGCCGCCCAAGGUGGUGGCUGUGGCGCUUGGCUUCUACUUCCUCCGCCACCCCAUGUUCCGGGACCCAAUGCCGCCGGCAAGCCUGAACUUUUUCCGGCGGCUGCCCAGUUUGUCGGACCGGCUGUUGUAGUUACUGAUCGAUCAAUGUCUGGGGAAGUUUUGGGUAAAUUUGAUUUUAUGUUUCGAGCAUAAAUUUUUAAGCUCAAUAAACUUAUUUUCCAAAAUUUUAAUAUUGCUAAAAUAAUCACCCAAAA